AUGCUUUACGGUCUUCCAGACAACGAGACGCAAAUCCCAGACCACUUCUUGGCAGACAUUGGAUUCUGGAAUUUGCGAACGGGUGGAGCCCAGCUACCGUCCGGCUGUCGAGGAUGGACUUAUAGUUAUGAUGACUUUCUGUGCCGAAUGGAAUCGGCCAUGCAUAAUUAUCGCACCGCAAGACGCUUUGGGGCAAAUGUGCAGAUUUUGCUCCAUGACCUCUGGGGAAUCGAUGGAUACGAUUCCGUUGCAGCAAUCCCGACUCCUGGCGACAACGGUGACUGGACCUCCUAUAAUGAUUUCCUCUCCGCGAUUUUUCAAAUAUUCCAAGCCAAUGAUGUGAUUGACGGGAUUUACUUCGAUAUCACCAACGAAAUCGAUAACACUCUUUAUUAUGAAAGAGGCAUGGAUCGCAACGAAUUUCCAAAUGGAAAAUCGGUCGGGCCAUCAUUUGGUCAUCUCCCUGACCGUGGCGCCGCCGAUUGGUACUCAGGCUGGGCCAGCUUCAUCAAGUCGAACAACAGCAUUCCAGAGUGGAUGACGAUGCACUUUCUUGAAGCUGAUGGGGAUCUGGUCACUUCCAUCUCGGCCUUUGAUGGGUUUCUGAGCAAUGCUAGCAUCUCUUACGACAACCCGUAUGUGCUGAACGAAUAUGGCAACAUUGACCAACAAGUUCCCUCCGGAGCGGCUUGGAAUAUUGCGCAGAUGGAGCGUAAUGGCGCUUUUGGCCUGCGUUCCAACUGGCGUGGUGAUUAUGAACUUCACGACUACCUGGCUAAUCUCAUUGGAAAAACGGACGUUUACCCCAACUACGACAUCAACGAUGCGGAUUACUGGCCUUGCCGAGAAUACCCGGUCUACCAAUACUAUUAUCAAAAUAUGACCGGCUAUCGAGUUCGCACCAAAUCCACCGAUGACACCCUGGGCGACUCGUACGUUGUGGUUGGUGACGAUCGCGUCCGUAUUCUCACCGGUGUUCGUCCAUCAACCGGCACUUGGGGCAUUGUGCUCUCUGGUCUCAGUGCGGUUGGUCUACCGGAGAAUGGUCAGUUGCCGAUCCAGACAUGGCGAUUUGACAGUGGGGACCUGUAUACCGAGAUCGAUGGCCCCACUAACCUAGAUUACUAUACGCACGAGUAUACGGAUGACACCUUGUAUUUUGUGAUCGCGCAGGAUGACGCAAAUGUGGCCUAUGCGUUCGAGUUUGCCAUUUAA